AUGGCUAAGAUGGUUGCUAACCGUAUGAAGCCACUGUUGGAGGGGAUUAUUUCUGAGUCCCAGAGUGCCUUCCUUCCGGGCAGAUUAAUAUCAGAUAAUAUUAUGAUAGCCUCGGAGGUCGGACAUUACCUAAGGAGAAAGCAAUUGGGCCAGGUAGGCUGGGCAGCUCUAAAGCUGGAUAUGGCCAAGGCGUAUGACAGGAUGGAAUGGCCUUUUGUGGAACAAAUGUUGAGGAGGUUAGGGUUUGAUGACAGGUGGGUGCAGCUGGUUAUGUUGUGUGUCCGUUCUGUGCGGUAUAAGGUUCUGAUUAAUGGUAGGCCUUCUGAGGAGAUUGUCCCCACGAGGGGUCUUAGGCAAGGUGAUCCCUUGUCUCCUUAUCUUUUUAUUAUCUGCGCAGAAGGGUUAUCUUUAUUGCUGCAAGAUUCUCAGACCAGGGGGUUAAUUCAUGGUUGUAGGGUGGCCAGGGGGGCUCCGUCUAUCUCACACUUGUUUUUUGCAGAUGAUAGUCUUCUCUUCUUUAAGGCAAAUCUGCAGGAAACGAUGGAGGUAAAGAGGUGCCUCGGUGUUUAUGAGGCCUAUUCUGGGCAGGCGGUCAACUUUAAUAAGUCGAGUAUUUCUUUCAGCCGCAAUACGAGGAAUGAAGUAAAAGAUCUCCUAGCCGGGGCCUUGGGGGUUGCUCAGGCAGAUGAUUUUGGUAAGUAUCUGGGCCUCCCUUCCGUGAUUGGCAGAAAUAAGAAGUUGGUUUUUGCUUAUAUUGAGCAGAAGAUGAAACAGAGGUUUGGGACGUGGAAUAAGCGGCUCCUGUCCAGAGCUGGUAAGGAGGUCCUUAUGAAGAGUGUGGCGCAGGCUAUGCCUACUUAUACAAUGAGCAUCUUUUUAAUCCCCAAAACUUUGUGUGCUUCCCUUGAGAGGUUGAUGAACAGAUAUUGGUGGGGGCGGAACGUAAGGGAGGAUAGUAUUCAUUGGUUGGCUUGGGACAGAAUGUGUAUGCCUAAGAAGUUUGGGGGUCUGGGCUUUAAACGGUUGCAUGAGUUCAAUUUGGCGUUACUUGCCAAGCAGGGUUGGCGCCUCCUCACGAAGCCAAACACGCUAAUGGCUCGUGUGUUAAAAGCAAGACGGAGGAUUGGCAAUGGGCGUACUACUCAGGUUUGGACACACCCUUGGUUGCCGGAUGCUCACGAUCCUUAUGUGUCUACUUUGCAGCCGGAUCCCAAUCAGGUUUUGACUAUGGCUGAUUUGGUGGAUGACUUAACGGGCGCAUGGAAUGGUACCUUGAUCCACCAGGUUUUUAAUGCACGGGAUGCCACCUUGAUUAACAAUCUGCCGUUGAAUGGUACUUACGACGACCUGUGGUUAUGGAACUUGAAAAUCCCACCUAAUUGGAAGAAUUUUAUGUGGAGAGCGCUGUCUAACAUUUUACCAACUCCUGAUAAUUUGGUUAAAAGGAGGGUGGAUCUAGUUAAUUUGCCAUUACCCCAUUAUAAUGGUGACAAUUUUCUGUUUUGGGCAGAAUUGUGGUUAGGUGGAGCAUCAGCGCUGGAUUGUGACAGUAAGGGGAAGAUGUGUGGCUUGUUGCAUAGUAUUUGGACAGCACGAAAUUCGGCUGUAUGGAAUGGUUUCCUGCCAACCCCCACGGCUUUGUGUAGUCGGUUCCUAUCUACUUGGGCAGCAUGGAUGCAGCAUGGUGCCAGCCCGAGGAUCACACAGCAACAAGCAGUGUUGCAAGCUAAUCAAGGCCAGCAUGGCUUGGCAUGCUAUGUGGAUGCGGCGUUUCAAAAUAAUCAGCAGCAGCCAACUUACGGCUUUGUGGUGUUGGAGGAGGAUGGGAGGUACGUUGCUGCGGUGAAUGGUCCUUUGGUAUGCCCGUAUGAUCCCUUAAUGGCGGAGGCGAUGGCGGUGACUGAGGCGCUUUCUUGGCUAAAGAAUAAUGGUUACACGGCGGUCAGCCUAUUCACGGAUUGCGCGGUUUUGGUGUCUAGUAUUAGAAAUGCAUGUUCCUUUCGUUCUUAUUUUGGUUUUAUUUUAGACUCGUGUAUUCGUUUAAUUUCUUCUAUGCCUGGUACUGUAGUCUCGUAUGUUAGACGGGACGCAAAUGUUGCGGCACAUAUGUUAGCUAAGCAUAGUAAUGCGCCUGCUGGUGGUACUGUUUGGAGGGAUGGUCCUCCGUCUUUCUUGGAGCCGAUUUUGGCAAAUGCAAUCUGA